CCGGCUGAAAAGGAGGGCUCGCCCGGCGCCCCCCACCCUCGGUCCUGCCCCGCGGGCGUCCCGCACCAUGGCGCUGUCCUGGAGGAGCUGGCUGGCCAACGAGGGGAGCAAGCACCUCUUCCUGUUUUUCUGGCUCUCCGUCAAUGUAUGGCUCUUCGGGAAAACCUUCCUGCUUUAUAAUCAAGGGCUACAGUAUUAUUAUUUGCAUCAGAUGUUAGGGCUAGGAUUGUGUGUUAGCAGAGCUUCGGCAUCUGUCCUCAAUUUCAACUGCUGCCUUGUCCUGCUCCCGAUGUGCCGUGUUCUCUUGGCCUUCCUGCGCGGAUCCCAGAAGGUUGCCAGCAAGAAAACCAGAAGGCUGCUAGAUAAAAGUAAAACUUUCCAUGUGACGUGUGGUGUUACAAUAUGCGUCUUUUCAGUCUUACAUGUUGCUGCACAUCUGGUGAAUGCUCUUAACUUCUCUGAGAACUACAAUGAAGAAUUUGUGACCCUAAAUGCAGCAAACUAUCGUGGUGAGGACCCAAGGAAACUACUUUUUGCAACUGUUCCAGGUUUGACUGGAGUCAUUAUGGUGUUAGUAUUAUUCCUAAUGUGUACAGCUUCCACGUAUGCCAUCAGGGUUUCAAACUAUGACAUCUUCUGGUAUACACACAACCUUUUCUUUGUCUUCUAUAUGCUGCUGAUGCUGCAUGUUUCUGGGGGAGUGCUCAAGUACCAGACCAACUUAGAGGAACACCCUCCUGGUUGCUUUAAUCCUAACAAAACACUCCAACAGAAUCUGACUGUGCCAAAGGCUUUUGAAGAGCUGUUUCCUGACUAUACUACUGGGCCUUUUCCAGAGGACCUACCAGUACCAGAACCCUUUGUACAAAAUAGCUUUAUGAGAGUUUGUUCCGAGGAACCCAAGUUCCAGUCACACUUCCCAGAGACAUGGUUCUGGAUUUCCGGACCUCUGUGCCUGUACUGUGUGGAGCGGCUGUACCGCUACAUCCGCAGCAAUAAACCAGUCACAAUAACCUCAGUAAUAAGCCACCCCUCCAAUGUCCUUGAAGUCAGGAUGAUGAAAGAUGACUUUGAAGCAAGGCCUGGUCAGUACGUUAUUCUCCACUGUCCAAGAGUGUCUGCUUUGGAAAGCCAUCCAUUCACUCUUACAAUGUGCCCUACAGAUACCAAAGCAACGUUUGGGGUCCACCUAAAAGUAGUAGGAGACUGGACAGAAAGAUUUCGGGAUUUACUGCUACUACAUUCAAAUCAAGAUACAGAGAUUCUGCCCAUCUUUCAGCAGAGACGCUAUCCCAAACUGUAUGUGGAUGGACCUUUUGGAAGUCCCUUUGAGGAAUCCCUGAACUACGAGGUCAGCCUCUGUGUGGCUGGAGGUAUUGGGGUUACGCCAUUUGCAUCUGUGCUCAACACACUGCUUGACGGCUGGAAAUGCUACAAGCUCAGAAGACUCUACUUCAUUUGGGUGUGCAGGGACAUUGAGUCCUUCCGCUGGUUUGCAGAUCUGCUCUGUAUGUUGCAUAACAAGCUUUGGCAGGAGAAUCGGCCAGACUAUAUAAAUAUCCAGCUGUACCUCAGUCAAACAGAUGGAAUACAGAAAAUAAUUGGUGAAAAAUACCAAGCUUUAAACUCCAGGCUUUUGAUUGGACGACCCCGCUGGAAGCUCCUGUUUGAUGACAUAGCAAAGUGCAAUCGGAGGAAGACCAUUGGAGUUUUCUGCUGUGGACCAAACAAAAUCUCUAAGAUACUUCAUAAACUGAGCAACAGCAGCAACUCAUAUGGGACAAGGUUUGAGUACAAUAAAGAAUCCUUCAGCUGAAAGUCUGUUGGAGCAAGACUCUCUAGAAGAUAAAAGUGCAAUUUUUUGUUUGUACAAUGUAAAAGUUCAUCUGUGGUUUAAACAGACAGAAAUGUACCAAAGAAUAGCACAAAUGUUUUUAUUUAUGAUUAUUUAAGACUGAUGGAUGCAGCAGUAUACCAACAAAUAAUCUGUGCUUUUACUCAAAUGUGCUCACACAAUAUUUGUGGUGGGAGUGAUUCUUUGGAUUUGUUUAUGCUAAUUAAAAAGUACAAAAGCCGGGGAGAGACACAAUUGCUUUAAAAGCUGAUGGAAGAAGAAUCUGUGGACUGUUUGAACUUCUUCCACUUCAGUCCUCUGAAGCUGGAUCAGUAAAUUAAACCCCAGGUUAAUCCGAGUGGCAAAACAUAGCAUAUUACAAAGAUUCUUGCUUUUGUUGGUAUACAUAUCUUAUGGCUUUGGGGUGAAAAUACUCCAUAUUAAAGAUUUUAUUAUACAUUGCAGAACUGGGAUUCUGUAUUUAAAAUAUAGAGUGUUACUCUUGCUAGUCUACUUCUGUAAUGAAGUUAACCUAAGGAAAAGUGAGCACAAUUGUGUAGCACCAGUGGGCAGCCUCUGCUGUGAUGUUAGUCACAGCCUUUUGGCAAGCACACAUCUGUACGUGGAGAACUCUGUAUCUUGCAUCAAUUCAGUAUUCAGUGAGUUUGCAAAAUAAUUAUGAUUUAUGCAGCCAUAAAGAUGGAGCAAGAAAAGCAAUGAACAGGAGCAGACAGGAUCUGAAGUUUUAUUAUACCACACACUCAACAUGGAAGUUGCCCUCACUCUGCACUCACAUGCCCUGAAUGUCAAAUACUUCAAGCUUUCAGAUACGCUGAUUAUUUUACAACACAGCAGGUUGAAAUCCAGUUUUAGAGGUCCCAGAGUAUGUUUGGUUGACUGUGAUCCUUUCACUAUCUUCCCUGAAGCCACCCUGUUUUCCCUGGUCCCACUGAAAGCAGGAUGAGACCAGAUCUGCAGCAGAGUGCAAAUGAAUCCCUUGGCUCUGUGGCUCCUUGGAUGAUGUGUGCAGAUACAAACCUUGCAGGAGCUGCAGUGUGCUUUCAGUUUGUUCCAUAGAGGAAGAUUUCAAAACAUCCAAAAUUUAAGCUCUCCUUCCCUUCUCCUCCCCUCAGCUGUUUUCUGCCCGUAAUUGCCAUGGGAGAGCUAAAGGUUGAAACCGGUACUUCAUAACUUUUUGGUUCUGAAGAGCACCUUUUCUUGUCCAUCCAAAUAGCAGAUCCAACUUCCUUUAUUUCAUCUUCUCUCCCUUUUCCUUACCUUGCUGAGAUGAGGGCAUUUAAACAGGAAUCAGACACUUAGCUGGCAUAAAUAGGCACCACUCUAAUGUCUCCUAAUCGAGCAGAGCAGCAUCACUUUAACAUGGUGAAAACCUUCCCUUUGAUCUCCGGCAGAAGCUUGGGAGCAGAACAGUAUAGUGUUUGCAGCAUACAGGGGCAGAGGCUGUCUUGAGAACUCUGUGCCUGUGGUUCACCUGUAUUUAGGGCAGUGCUUUUGAUUUCAUUUACAUCUGUCCAAUGAAUACCUUUUUAAUUUUAGUGGGAAAAGCACUGAAUUUCUGCUCGGGACACAGACUCUCUACAGGAGUCUGUAAGUAUCAGUGUGAGUGUUCAGAGGGAAGCAUUUUUCUAGUAGGUGGUGUAUAGGCAUACUGUAUGUAUAACUAGUGAGGAUGACUUUGGUCUUUGCCUUGGCAGCUCCUGCUCAGGAAUUGCACUCGGUGAGCAAUCAGUGAAGCCACAAGGGAAUGUGUUCCUCAGUGUCCAGAGCUGGCACUGAAGUCUUUACCUCUGGCUCUGCCCAAUUUGAAAUCCCAGAGAAAGGGAGAAAGGGAGAAAGGGAGAAAGGGAAGAACCAGAGAUAGACG